CCCAUAGUUGUGUUCCACAGUUCCAAUGUUCCUGGUCCAGUAUGAUGCUGCAUCUCCCAGGCGUCGGAGUGUUCCUACUCUGCGUUCUCUCUCACAUACAAGGACACCCCGGGUGUAGUGAGAGAGGUGCUCCAGAUCAUGGCAGAGUGAGAGUUUUACUACAGAGGACAGCAGGACUCAUGGUGACAUACUCCUGUGACCCAGGAUACUACAGGACUGGUCAUCUCUACAGUGUGUGUCUUAGAGGAGUAUGGACCACACCUUUACCUUCGUGUGUAGCUGUCACAAGACAUUCAGGUGAGCAGACUGAUGGGACGGCUCGGGACCAGGGCAUUCUGGUCAGCCGUGAAGAGCUACCAUCAACUGAGAGAAGCGUAUCAGCCAGAAGAGUGAUCAAAACCAAGCAAAUGAGAAAGAAAAGGAAGAGAAAACGAAAAGACAAGAGGAUGGAUACAUCAGCCAUUGCUGAAGGGAAUGAUUCUUCGCCGGAGAAGAGUUUUGACACAUCUUGCUUGUUGGGUACAACCAACGGAAUUCCUAAAUUUGUAAGACCACCAAAAGUGCCGAAUUCUGUUGGACCCAAGUUUGUUAGAAGGAAAUCGGGUAGUCAGAAGUAUUUGGUGGCGAUUUACCGAUGUGUGGCAGGAUACAAACUACACAAUCCUCACAAUCGCAACCUGGGCUGUCAGAACAGCAAGUGGAUUGGAACAUUGCCCAUAUGUCUGACUCGUAGAAAGAAGAUUGGCUGCAUCAAUGCCGGUUGUGACCAUGGUUGUAAAGAAGUCGGUGGUAAACCCAAAUGUUUCUGUUUCAAGGGAUUUCGUCAAAAUGGGAAACAGUGUAUAGAUGAGAAUGAGUGUUUUGACAACAAUGGAGGGUGUCAACAGUCCUGCCACAACACUCCUGGUUCAUUCUACUGUGGCUGUCCCCCAGGGUACAGGCUAGCUACUGACAGAUCCUCCUGUGUUGAUAUCAACGAGUGUCUUUCUCGUAACGGCCAUGGACCGUGCCAAGGACAGUGUCACAAUGUGGACGGUAGCUUUGUAUGUUCCUGCGAGGGUUUCCCUGGCUCAAAGCUGGCCGAAGACGGUGUUAGUUGUGCGGACAUCAACGAAUGCAGCGACCCAGUCCAUCGUCUCAACUGCUCUCAUGCAUGUGUCAACACACGCGGAUCAGCCUUCUGCUUGUGUCCGCCUGGCUAUGAACUGGGCACAGACUGGAAGACUUGCCAUGAUAUAAAUGAAUGUGAGAGAGGUAUUGCUCCCUGCAACCAUGGCUGUGUUAAUACCAUCGGCUCGUUCACAUGCUCUAGUCAAAAUAUUUGCAGUGCUGGCUAUGUCAUGACUGAUGGUGUUUGUAAAGAUACUGACGAGUGUACGGAAAAUACAUCCACUUGUUCCCACACUUGCAUAAACACCCCAGGCUCCUUCAGGUGUUCUUGUCCCAUUGGAUUUGUCUUGGCCGAUAAUGGAAGCACUUGCAUUGACCUUGAUGAGUGUUCAGAGUUUGCCGAAGGACAUCUUUGUUCUCAUAUCUGCCAGAACAUUUUGGGAAGCUACAGCUGUCAAUGUCCUUCUGACUACGAACUUGCCUCAGACCACAGAACUUGUCACCCAAAAGAGGACGUAUGCCAGAGAAAAAACUGCUCUCAUGAUUGCCUUAUUGAGGAUGACCAAGCAAUAUGUGUUUGUGAUGAAGGUUACACUUUGGAAAAUGACACCACAUGUGUUGACAUUGACGAGUGUGAGGAAAAUACAGCUAAUUGUUCUCACAAUUGUAUAAAUGAGGAGGGAGCCUUCUAUUGCACUUGUCCUACAGGGUAUUCAUUAUUGCCUGACAAAAAAACGUGUAGUAGAGGAGACUGUUUAAAGCAGUGCCAUCUUGAAGGGAUUGAAGACUCAAUUUGUUCUUGCCCGGAAUAUUUUAAGACGAAAACUAGAAACUGUGAAAGUGGUGGAAAUUUGUGUUCUCAAUUGUGCACAAAUAAUGAAGAGAGUUUCAUCUGUCACUGCAGAGACGGUUACUACCUCGACAGUGAUCUUAAAUCUUGCUUGGACAUUGACGAAUGCCAAGAGGAAAACAUCUGUUCUUCCAAUAAAACAUGUAUCAAUACUGAGGGAAGUUACUCAUGCAAUUGUCCUCCAGGGUUUAGAGAAGCAAAUGGAUCUAUCUGUGAAGACAUCGAUGAAUGUUCUUUUACCGUAGAUGAAGGCGCUAGCUUAUGCUCACACGUAUGUACCAACACAUUGGGGAGCUUUCGUUGUGAAUGUCCACUCGGAUAUACCAUGGGGCUGGACUCGAGAACUUGUGCAGACAUUGAUGAGUGCUCAGAAAACAAUGAGAUUGACACAACGUGUUCACAUAAAUGUGUUAACUCUGUGGGUAGCUACCAGUGUGAGUGCCCGGAAAACCACUUCUUGAAGGAUGAUCAUAUUUGUGUGCCUGCCAAUGCAUGUGAAACAAACAAUGGAGGAUGCUCUCACAUCUGCAUUGACAACGAUGGUUACCCAAUAUGUGAAUGUCCAGAAGGAUUUACAUUGACCAAUGACAGUGUUACCUGUGAACCUUAUGUACUUUCAUGUUUAGAAGGAUACAUCUAUCAAAUUGACACACAACAAUGCACUGACAUUAAUGAAUGUCUCAACAAUAAUGGAAAUUGUACUCAAAUUUGUCAAAACACAGAGGGUUCUUUCUCUUGUACCUGUUUUACGGGAUUUGAAAAAAUCGAACCUUCUCAAACAUGUCUCGAUAUGAAUGAAUGUGCCAACAAUGUUUCUGUGUGUGAUCAAAUUUGUAUAAAUACAGAGGGUAGUUACAAAUGUGGUUGUCAUGCUAGUUAUAAAUUGUCUGAAACGUUAACUGAAUGUAUUGACGUUGACGAAUGUGCCAAUAACAUUUGUGAACAAAUUUGCCAAAAUUCCAAGGGAAGUUUCAAAUGUGAGUGUAAACCUGGAUACACUUUGGCCUCUGAUGGUGUUUCUUGUGUGGAUUUAAAUGAAUGCUUUCUAAACAUUUCCAACUGCAGCCAGAUUUGUAAUAACUUAGAUGGCGGUUUCUCAUGUGAGUGUAAUCCUGGGUUUGUUCUGGUCAACGGUUCUGUUUGUGUAAAGGAAAAUGAAGUAGAAGAGGAGCAAUGUGAACAUGGAAAUUUUACCGUAAAGAAAGAAAACAGGUGUUGCUGUGAAACUGGAUAUGUACUUGUAAACAAAACAAAAUGUGUGCAGAUGAUUGACUGCUAUCAAAGUGCUGGUUGUGAUUUAAGUGAGAGUGAAUCAAUAACUUGUCCGUCAACAAUUGAGGAGAAAGCACUUGGGUGUGCUCCUAUGUUUCCUGACAAGAGCCCUAUGAAACUUGACUGCGGAUUGACUACUAAGCAAGAUACCUUGUACUACCCAGCCGGGUCAGAAUGUCGGGUCGGAUGUAGACCCGGCUACAAGCUUGAUGGACCACGGGUCACAACCUGUCUCAAUGGGUCUUGGUCAGGGUCUUUUCAAUGCAUAGCACAAAUUCGACCUUACAUAAAAUGUCCUCCUACGAUAAGACUGAAUUUGCCUCAAGGAAGAAACAGCACAAUUGUGAACAUUCAGCAGCCAACAACAAAUAUGGACUGGGAAAAACAUGUAACUUCUAAACCACCAUGGGGAAAGAAUUUACAACAAGUUCUUUCAGUUGGUACAGUCUCGGUGCAGUUCUUUGCUGUUAGUCCUUCGUCAAACUAUGUGGCAAAAUGUACAACUUCCAUCCAAGUUAAGGAUGUGGAGAAACCUACAAUACACAGUUGUCCGGAAGAUAUGAAAAUCUUUGUUCUGGAAGGUCAAAACUCAACAUUGGCAGCCUGGAGGGAACCAGAUGUAACAGAUAAUGUCAAAGUUGCUUACCUCUACAAAUCUCAGAGGCCAGGCACAGUCUUCUCAAGAGGUUUACAUGCAAUAAACUACAUUGCGACUGACUCUUCAGGGAACAUUGCCUCCUGCCAGUUCACAAUUAAUGUGGUGUAAGCCAAGAAAUUCAUCAAUUGGACCAUAAAGAUCAAAAAGUGCAAAUAUUGCCUGAAAGCUCUCGAUCCGAAACAGCGACCACCACUAUCAUACAUGCUCAAGGGAGUCUCAGUAAUUCUACAUGGCACUCAUCAUGCUUUGGGUUGUCAGAAAAGCCCUCUCAAAGUAUUGAGCAGUUUUGGUGACCAAGUGCCAUCAUGAUCUGAUGACACAGUGUUGUAAUGUUUCUCUUGUUGUCAUUCACCUAUUUUUGUCAUCUGGUACUUUUAUCUACAGUAAACAUCCUUUUGUUCAAGCGGGCCAACCGCUUUUGUUAAUUUAUCUACUUUUAUAAGGAAUACAUAGUACAUGUGACAGACAGCUUGUGCAUACAACUGAACAUAGUAGUUUCUGUAUUCAUCGAGUUGUGAUGCAACAUAUAUCUCUAGCUUUCAACAUAACAAAAUGCAGUUUAUUAUGUUUAUUUAGAAGUCGUUCCUCUUACUUGUAAUAUUUUGGGCAAGAGGAGCCACUCAGCCAGAAUGAGUAGGUGUAGAGUAAGUUUUGUAAAUACAUUUCAUCGUGAUGUAAAUAAACUUUUUUUAAAUAAUA